GACGGUAGGUUAUCAGUCCGCAGAACAUCUUCGUCGCGAACGGAACCGUAAACCAGUGUGGUUACGUAUUCUUUCGUAAGUGGAGGAACAGAGAAAGGGAGAGCAGGGUGAAAAAGAAAGAUAGAAAAGGGGGGGAAAGAAAAAGAGUGAGAAAGAGUAAGAGAGGAAAGGUGGAGGUAGUAGUAGCGGAGGAGAGGACAAAUUGACGAACGUACAUCGCGGAUCUUUUGGCGGAUACACUACUUGUCGUUGCUGCUGCUGCCGUUGCCGUUACCGGUACCACACUGCCGUUAUCGAUGCUCAGUCGCAGCAUCGACUACGAUCGAACGGGAGUUUGAUUUUCGUUCUCUCUCGUCGUGUCUCUGUAUCACGCGCGAUCUUUUCCCUAGCGCAAAACCAUCGUACGGAACAGAACCAUCGGUUCACAGACUCUUUGCCGUGAGAAAUACGAUAUUUCAUGGACUCUUUGUGUUACUCUUCAUUGAACGACCACUGAACGAGCCGCGCGAAUAAUCACAGUUACCGAUCGGAUCGUUUGCCCCAAUUUGCGGUAUGCCACUCGAGAGCGAUCAUCUGUUGUCGUCGCGCGAUCGUCGCGAUUGAAUCGAUGUAAACGCCACGCAGAAAAGUCGCGGUACCGGUGAAUUGUGUUGAGUGACGGAUCUCGUUUCAUCGUAUCGAGAAUAAUUUUACUUGGAGAAUAAUUACCGAAAAUACGAACGACGACCGGUGUCGAUGAUAAACGGUGCUCCGUCGAUCGUUGGGUGAUUCAAACGCAGGAUCUAACGAUUAGUGUGCGAACGUAACAAGAGGAGGGGCCAGUGCCAAAGAACACGCACGGCCAAGCUUAACACGCGACAAGGGCAGAAGGCGGGCUUGAUAAGGCGAUAACGCGGCUGCCGGGAUGCGGCACGAGGAGCCGCUAAGCUGCAGCUAACACGUGGCGACUCCGCACGCACUCCGCGAUCGCUAGAAAAGCGUAUCUCAUCGUGAGAGGCUGGGACCUCCAGGAUGCCAGGGGUGUGGAGGUUGCUACGUAUGCUGAUCUAUAUGGUGGUUGGCUUGAAGAGCGUUGGUAGCAAUAGCGACAUUUGGCCGCUAGAAAGGCCAGAGGGAAUGCCAGCCAUACAAUCUCUCGAAGUGAUGUGUGGAAAGGAUCACAUGGAUGUACAUCUCUCGUUCUCACAACCCUUCGAGGGCAUCGUCUCGUCCAAAGGCCAACACGCCGAUCCGCGAUGCGUCUACGUUCCACCGUCCACUGGCCAGACUUUCUUCUCCUUUCGGAUAGCCUACGCGAGAUGCGGUACCAAGCCGGAUAUGCAUGGACAGUUCUAUGAGAACACUGUUGUCGUUCAGUACGACAAAGAUUUGCUCGAAGUCUGGGACGAGGCCAAACGAUUGCGAUGCGAAUGGUUCAACGAUUACGAAAAGACUGCCUCGAAACCGCCAAUGGUUAUCGCAGAUCUCGACGUAAUACAGUUAGACUUCAGAGGCGACAACGUGGAUUGUUGGAUGGAAAUUCAACAUGGCAAGGGACCAUGGGCACCUCCGGUUUCCGGAAUAGUACCGCUCGGCUCUACUCUCACCCUAGUCGUCGCUAUAAACGAUUAUCGAGGAGAAUUCGACAUGCGCGUCAAGUCGUGCGUGGCCUCGGACGGCGGUGGACACACGAUACAGCUGAGCGACGAGUUCGGAUGCGUGCUGAGGCCGAAGAUGAUCAGCCGAUUCUUGAAAGCACGGGGUUCCGACGAUCGGGCGACGGUCAUCACUUACGCCUUCUUCCACGCGUUCAAGUUCCCGGACGCGUUGAGCGUGCACAUCAAGUGCAAGGUUGAGAUCUGUCGUCACGGCUGUUUGGAUCACUGUCAGCUCAGUGGAUCCGUUGGCCACUACAUUCAAGAGCGCAAGGAUCAGAUACGACCGCAAUACCCGCAAACCACGGUACCGCCCACCGUUCACAACGACGAGGACAACAGUGCCGACAAGAGUAACGAAAACGUAGGUGGUGGAACCGAGCAAGGUGAUGGCUCCCUUUACGACGACAUUAUUCAAGAUGGUGAUGAGAUGACCUCGAUAGGAGGUCAUUUCUUGGGGGUCGAGAAAUCAGUUCCGAAAGCACAGGCGCAGACAAGCAACCGGUUACCGGCGCCGGUAGUCGAGACACCAAACGAGGAGGUUCAUUUGGACGACGCUGAUCUUUCAAGACCAUUCAUAGAUCCUCCACGGAUGACACGAUACGAGAGUGAUCAAGACCAAUUCCCGCACGGGCCUCGGAAUCUCGAGGGUGACAGCAGCGCGAUACCCGUGAUACCUCUCUCGUCUGCGAAUGGCAGACGAAAGAGAUCGGUCGUGGUAUCCGAUAGGAAAAUCCGUAGCGCCGAUGUCGGCGUCAGUGGUUUGUACGAGGUGAUCUCCGAAGCCGAUCUAGCCUUUAGCCCGGACACACAUGCAGAAGCAGUAACGGUCUUUCAAGGUAGAAUACGCGAGGAAGUAGUUUACGGUAUCUGCCUGCCGAUGCCCGGUUUCAGCGCGCUGUUUAUCGUCGUGGCGCUUUCUGCAGUCAUUUCCGCGCUUGUCGCCGGCGCGAUGUUGCAUCGAUUGCAAGCGCAACGCGAGGCAGUCGACAGCAGAAAGAACAAUAGAGCGGUUCACUCGACGAACGGUUGGCUACCUUACGGAUUGCUGCGCGUACGCUGUACGACGAGACCAACUCAUCUGGAACAAAUUCAACAAAAACAAACGAAUCCAGUCGCCGCGAGUCCUUCGGUCGAGAGAGGUUGACGAUUUGUGACUUUUGUGUCGCUAGUGGACGCGACCGUGUACGCUCCACGAAAGACAAUGUACAAUAAUACACUGUACAAAGUAUUUUAAGUGCGUCAAAUCACGUGCGACAGGUUCUUUUUGCGAAUGAUUUCGAGACGAUCGUAUUUCCUUCGAGGGAGGAUUCUGUGACGGAAAUUUUUUCAUAGAUUUCCAUGAGAACGAUAUUCUCCUUUUUCUUUUCUCACGAACUCGUAAACGAAAGCAUUGCUAGAUGAUUAUUGUCGAGAGGCAGUUAUUGGUAUUGGGUAAGUAAAGAGCAUAAUCACGCAGGAUAAUAUUUGAUCUAGAACGAAUGUAUACAAUUCGCAAGGGAGAUUUCCAUCAAGAGGACAAUGUGACAGCUAUUCGCUGUGAAUAUUGUAGAAAUGAUAUUUCAUUUUAAAUAUUGCGAAUGAUAUUAGUGGAAAUGUUUUGUUUUUUUUAUUCGAUGUUUCAUUAAUCGGGUGAAAGACGAUAGGGAAAAUGCUUUCGCCGCGUAGUUUAUUCCUUAGGUAAUUCGUUAAUGAAAAGGUGCGUAUUAGUAUUUUCUAUGAGUCUGUAGAGUACGAACUAAUGCAAUUAAAAUGAUUUAUUGUUCUAUCGUAAGUCGUAAUAUGCCUUGUAGCAUUGCGCGUCUGUUAUCUAUUUAAUGAUGAAUUCACUAGAGGUGCUGAUAACAAUAUUUGUUAAUUAUAAUAGAAAUCGAACGGUGUUCGAUAUAAUAAAAAUUAGUAUGCUACAACAGUGUAGGAAUGACUAUUGAAUAUAUACAAUUUUGUAAACUAUACGUAGUCUUUAUAUUUUUAUUUAAAAUAUUUCUCUUAGAAAUUUACAUUUUGAUAUUUAUUAUUGACAAAUAAUAAUAAAUAUUGUACAUAAAAGGAAAAUAUUUUUUAUAAAAAUUUAAUGUUAAUCUGCCUUUGAAUAAUUUAUAUACAUUCAUAUACUACGAUUAAUAAUGAUGUUAUAUAAAUUUUAUAUAUAUAUAUUUUUUCAGAAAGAGAUUAUUUUCUAUUUGUAUCUUUAUAUAAAAUAACAUUUGAAUUACAUUUGUAUAAAAUAUAGAAGUAAAUUGUUUUAUAUUAGUAUUUGGCAAAUAAGAAUUCUACUUGUUAGAUAUAUGUAUUCUCUCCCUUCUCAUGGUCCCUUUUUUAUACACGAACCUUUGCUCAUUGUCGAUAAUGUAGGUAUGUCAGAGUUUUCGAUACCUCGUAUCAUUUGAUUUAAUUACACUGCACUUAUUAAAUAUUAAAGUAAUAGAUAUUGAAAUAAUCGUAGCAUCAGAGAAAAUGUAGAUGUCUGAUUCCGGGCGUUUUCGAAACGAUGCAUCAAUAUCAUUAGGAGAAAGUUAUGACGUUGCCUUGCACAUAAUAUAAAAUCAAUAUAGAAUAAACCGAAUUACAUAAACUAAUAAAACCUAACAAUUAUCUGGUUUCUCGAAUAAUCGUUAGUUUCAAACAUUGCACGCAAGAUUCGAUUGCAUAUUGAAUGAAAUGCGUUGGAUUAUCAAAACUCUUGGGAAAUUUGAAAAUGACAGCACCUCUAGAGUUAGCCCUAAAGAGGCUGAGAAUAACAGCUAACUGAGAAUAGAAGCGAUAUCGUAAAUAUUUUCAGAAAAAUUGAAAGAUGCUACUACUAAGCUUAAAUUUUCAUCUCUUUUUAAAUAUUUAUAUUAUUACGUUAGAUUAAUACGAAAAAUCGACAUAGUUUAAUGGAUGCCUCGAUAUGUUUAACCUUUCGUUGACAUUUUUAAUAAACCACAUAUUAGACGUUAAAAGAAUCGAUUUAAUUUUAGAUUGAGAAAUAUAUAUAUAUAUUUUUUCAAUCCUUCUUUUGUUAGUGUCAACUGAAGGUUGAAAAUUCAAUGAAAAUCGAUUGCCUUCUCAGGUUUUUUAAAUAGGUGACUACAUAGUAGGCGAGAUUAUUUAAAAAUCUUUGAAACGCAACGCGCAUUUAGAAUGUCCAGGAAGACAUUUAAUACCAUGAACAAGAUUUUGUUACUGAACUUGAAAUACCAAGUAUAUAUACGUAAUUAUAUAUAUAAAUAAGAAGCGUAUAUUUGGAAUGUUCUAUCGUAAAAAGGGCUUUCCGCUUUAAAAGUAAUUGUGCAAAUACGAAAGCAGAAGGGGAAAGCUUUCUGUACAGGAAAGCAAGAUUUCCUCGUAAUCCCUUCUAUACGUCCUUUUACGUAUUACAUUUUCACUUCUGUCUUUGUAAUAAAAAAAUGAAAAUACUUGUCUCUUUCCUCUUCCUCUAAGAACAGAUUAAUCAAUGAUGCGGUGUUUGGAUAAUUACAUUUUAUAUACUUAUUCGUCCAAACGUUUUGCAAAUCGCCAGAAUAAUUGUGUUAUGCUAGAUUAUUUUAAGUAUAUGUAUACACGUGUAAAAAAAAAAAAAGAAAGAACAUUCUCGUAUUCUUGGAGAAUACAAAAAUUGUUAAAGGAAGUAUCAACAACCACCAAUUACGUGUGCAACUAUAUGCGAUGCUGGACAACUACCACAAUACUUCGAGCGAAAGGAACAAAGAAUUAAGUCGAUUGUUAAUCGAUAGGUUGUGUUUUUAUUUAAUAUAAAUCAAUGAUAAUGCCAAUAAAUGUAUUUACAGGA